AUGGCUGCAGCUAGCACAUCCCAUUCGCCAGAGCGCUGCAUCAUGUAUUUGACUGGUCAACACGAUGUCGUCCCCAGCAAGGAUCUGCUGACUGAAGUCACGCAUGUUGCAUUGGCCUUUAUGCGCUCUGAAGUCUUCAAUGCCGAAGACGUACCAAGCGAGUGGCCGCUCUUUACUACUGUCGACAAGGCACGGUCUCAGUUCCUCCCAGGCACCAAGAUCAUGGUCGCCAUAGGCGGGUGGGGUGACACGGCCGGCUUUGAAGAGGCGGCGAUUGAUGAGCGGUCCAGGAAGCGCUGGGCUCGCAACGUGGCUGCCAUGGUUGAGGCAACCGGUGCAGACGGCGUCGAUGUUGAUUGGGAGUAUCCAGGCGGCAACGGCGAAGACUACAAGCAGGUGCCCAACUCGGAGAAGGAAUGGCAGAUCGAAGCCUUCCCUCUCCUGCUGGAAGAACUUCGCAGCGCCCUCGGCACACAGCAGCUCAUCUCUGCGGCCGUACCGGGACUCGAGCGUGACCUCAUGGCCUUCACACCCACGACGACACCCCGCAUCGCGGAGCUGCUGGACUUUAUCAACGUCAUGACGUAUGACCUGAUGAACCGCCGAGACACCAUUACGAAACACCACACUGGAGUCAGGCUGUCGUUGGCCGCCAUUGACGCAUACAUUGCCCGCGGUGCGCCGGCCGAAAAGCUCAACCUGGGAUUCGCCUUCUACGUGAAAUGGUUCAAGACAACGCCGUGUCCGGACCCUGAGAACACGGUUGGAUGCCCCACGCUGCUACUCGAGGAUCCGGAGACGGGCGCUGACCUCGGCCGAACCGGCGGGUUCAGCUGGCAUGAUCCCAUUCCGGAGGGCGAGGCCUCGUCUUUCGAGAGAGCGAAGAGCGAGGGCAAAUACGAUGAGAAGGACGGCGGGUACUACUACUGGGACGAGGGCGAGGCUCGCUGGUGGACCUUUGAUGAUCGGGACGCCAUCCUGCGCAAGUUCCCGCUGAUUGUCGACCAGCGGCGUCUCGGCGGCGUGUUUGCGUGGGGGCUUGGGGAAGAUGCGCCUGCGUUCGAACAUCUCGACGCCGUCAACGAGGGGCUCCGGCACUCGCGAAGGGAAGCGCAGUUUCACGGUGAGUUGUGA